CUGUACUGAAGAAGGGAAAGCUUGAAGACGGCGAGAGCUCCAUCUUUUCACAGGCACUUCUUCUCUACAAUUCACAAUGUCUCUGGUAGCAAAUGAGGAGUUCCAGCACAUUUUGCGUGUGCUCAACACUAACGUUGAUGGUAAGCAAAAGAUUAUGUUUGCCCUUACCUCUAUCAAAGGUAUUGGGAGGCGAUUGGCCAACAUUGUCUGCAAGAAAGCCGAUGUCGACAUGAACAAGAGGGCUGGUGAGUUAUCUGCUGCUGAGAUUGACAACCUCAUGACCAUCGUUGCAAACCCAAGACAAUUCAAGAUUCCAGACUGGUUCUUGAACAGACAGAAAGACUACAAGGACGGCAAGUACUCUCAAGUUGUCUCCAAUGCCCUUGACAUGAAGCUCAGGGAUGAUCUUGAACGUCUCAAGAAAAUCAGAAACCAUCGUGGUCUGAGACAUUACUGGGGUCUCCGAGUCCGUGGACAACACACCAAGACCACUGGUCGCAGAGGAAAGACUGUUGAGCUGUUGAGUCUUGGCAGGGCACGAGAGCCAUCUUACAUUACACCAAAAUUUCGUGACGAGGGAUCCAAGUUACUACUGGCCCUGCCUGUGAGGGAUACUCCUCUUCUUUCUGUUCAGGUUGAGUUGAGUGUUAUUCCUCCAGUGCUCUAUCUGCUGUUUCCUUCGCUGAAUAGUCGUGACCUCAGUCCAGGAAGACUAAUUGAGAAUGAACCCAUGGACCAAGUCACCAAGAUAUCGAUCCCUCUCUGGCAAGGAAGUGUUCUUUGAUUUACAAGCCUCGACAGGAUCCAUGGAUAUGAGUCGUGUAUCAGCUUCUCCUGUGGGGGAAGUCCAUCAGCGAGUACAGCUGAUAUAAGUUUGCAAAUAGGGAACGCAGCUCACCUCCAAUUUUUCAGCAUCUUCCCUUGAAAAUAUAUUUUGGAUCAAGUU